GCUAAUUACCGGCAAUCACGCUCCUACACUCAACCAUAAAUACUCAUCGUAUAACUUAUUCUCUCUCCGUUCUUCUCCAACAUUGACCAACUCUCUUCAUUUAGACAUCAUCAUCUUUCAAUCGAUCGAUUUUCUGACAAAAAAAUUGCAAAAAUGUUGGCAGUUUUUGAUAAAUCUGUUGCACAAUCUCCUGAUGAAUUAAAGAGUCCAAACCCAGAAUCUGUUUUUGCGUUGAAAGAUGGAAAUUUGGCUCAACAUUUCUCAUCUGUUCAUCUUAAUGCUGUCACCAUUAAUCUUGCUCAAUCUGGGUUUAUUUCUUAUUCCAGCGAUAAACAGAACCCUCUUCUUCCAAGACUAUUUGCUGUAGUGGACGACAUAUUCUGCUUGUUCGAAGGCCAUAUUGAGAAUUUUGCUCCUCUUAAGCAGCAGUAUGGAUUGAGCAAAACAGGCAAUGAAGUCAACAUUAUCGUUGAAGCUUAUAGAUCUCUUAGGGAUAGAGGUCCUUAUCCUAUAGAGCAUGUCAUAAGAGAUAUCCAUGGGAAAUUUGCUUUCAUCCUUUAUGACAGUGCUUCAAAAAACUCAUUUGUCGCUGCCGAUCCUGAUGGGAGUGUUCCAUUGUUCUGGGGAGCUGAUUCUGAAGGUCAUCUUGUUGUAUCGGAUGAUGCAGAGACUGUUAAGCAGGGAUGUGGCAAAUCUUUUGCUCCAUUUCCAAAAGGUUGCUUCUUUACAAGCUCUGGUGGGUUGAGAAGUUAUGAGCAUCCAUGUAAUGAGUUAAAGCCAGUGCCCAGAGUUGACAGUUCUGGUGAAGUCUGUGGUGCUAACUUUAAGGUCGAUGCAGAUGCUAAAAAGGAAUCACUUGGUAUGCCCAGGGUUGGAAGUGCUGCAGACUGGUCCUCAAACUACUGAUUGACUUCUGAUCGUAGAUUCAAAGGGGUUUUCUGAUGUGUAAUAAUUUCUUGAGAUCCCUUUACUGUGAAUGACUAUUACUAGGGCUUCUAAAACCAUAUGUAAUACCAGCUAGGAGAGUUGCCUUUUAUGCUGUACGAAACUGAAAGUCCUAGCUGUAGAUAUAUGAGGAAAUAAUUGUUACAGACUAUCUGUUACCUUCACUUCGAAAUGUAAUAGAACAAGUUUUACUGAAUUACACUAGAGCUAGACCAUGAUUGCGCAUGGUUUAUCUAUCCUCAACAUCGUUCAUCAAUAUUGAUUUCGAAAUUUAA